CGCGCGUGCGCAGAGCGGGCCGGCGGGCGGGCGGCGAGGCGAUGGCGGCCAUGGGAGCCAUGGGAGUGAUGGCGGCCGUAGGAGCGUUGCCGGCGGGCGCGGGGUCCCUCCCGCCGCUGCCGACGCUGGGGGUGCCCGGCGUGCCCGAGCUGAAGCCGCUGACGCGGUACGAGGCCAUGCGGCUGGGCCCGGGCUGGAGCCACUCGUGCCACGCCAUGCUGUACGCGCCCAACCCGGGCAUGCUGUUCGGCCGCAUCCCGCUGCGCUACGCCGUGCUGAUGCAGAUGCGCUUUGACGGCCUCCUGGGCUUCCCCGGGGGGUUCGUGGACCGCCGGUACUGGUCCCUGGAGGACGGUCUGAACCGGGUGCUGGGCCUGGGCCUGGGCUGCGUGCGCCUGACGGAGGCCGACUACCUGUGCUCGCACCUGACGGACGGGCCGCAUCGCGUGGUGGCGCAUUUAUACGCCCGGCAGCUGACCCUGGAGGAGCUGCACACCAUCGAGAUCAGCGCGGUGCACUCCCGAGACCACGGGCUGGAGGUGAUGGGCAUGGUCCGUGUCCCUCUCUACACCCAGAAAGAUCGCAUGGGUGGCCUGCCAAACUUCCUGGCCAACUCCUUCGUUGGAACUGCCAAAUUCCAGCUGCUCUUUGCUCUGAAGAUCUUGAACAUGGUGCCGGAGGAGAAGCUGGCCGAGGCAGUGGCUGCCACGCAGAAGCCGAAGAAGCCGGCGAUCGACCACGCAGCUGUGGCAGCAGCUAAGCAGGCGAACGAGCUGGCGGCGGCCGCCAGAGCGGGCAAUGAAUACGCAGAUAGCGGAGAGAACCAGGCAGCUGCGCACGCUGCGGCUGAGCUGGCAGAGCAGCAGGCGGCCGGGCUGGAGAGCCAGGCUGUGCUGGAGCAUCUGGCGGCCGUGCCAGGGGCUGAGGCUGUGGUGGCGGAGCUGCAGGCGCAGCCCGGGGCAGACACUGUGCUGGAGCAGCCAGUGGCUGAAGCCAUGGAGUGAUGCCACCGUGUUUGUAAUUGAUUAAAAGUGGGUGAGGAGACUAGAGACUUUCUUCUAACUUUCCAACCAGUUGCUGGCUGCGAGAUUCCAUUGUGUAGCCAGGAGGGUUUGGAAUUGUCUGAAGCAGGGGAAAGCUAUGUAUUUUUAUGGCCAUUAAACUCUAGCGAGCUUCCCAGA